UGAAAAUGUUACUUGUGUUUUCUGUUCUAAUCAUCAUCAUUCACAUUCACAUUCACCAAUUAAGUUUUUGUGCCAUAUCUAAUAUUAUUUUACUUAAUUAAUUUGUACCUUUUCUUUCCUUUUUUAUUUUUUAAAUUUGAUUUGUACCCUUUGAAUAUUUUGGUUCACAGAAUUUUUGGCAAAAAGUUUAUUUAUAUUAAUUGGGUUUGGAUUGAUUUAUGCAUGUGAGUCUUUUAUGUAUUGUUUCUUUGAGGGAUUCUAAUUUUUUUUGGGUUAAAAUUGUUUCUUUCUUUCUUGGGGGUUUGGUUCUUUGUCAGACCAGUAUAGGAUACAAUCUUGUUCUUGAAUUUUAAUUUUUAAUUGGUGUUGUGCCAAAAAUAAUAUUUUUUGGUGAAUGGGUCUGUAUUGUGUUGGGUAGGUCAUGAAAAGGGUUCUGUAAUUUUUUAAUUUUUUUUGGCUGUGGACAGUUGAUAGAUUAGGGUUCAUAAUUUCUUCUCAGUGAAUAGAACAGUUGUUAUUGCAAUAGUUUUUCCAAAUCAAAGAGCUAAAAUUCUUGGUAGUAAAAGCAUCAAGAAUCGGUUCAGUGAAGGGUAUCCAGUAAUUUCAGAUUGUGCAAAUAGUCUCCUUGAUAAGCUUUGUAGCUAAGGAGGGAUGCAAUGCCCCUUCAGCAGUUUCAGGCAUGGAAACAACCACUGAGCCAGAUUCACUGCAAAUGGAUGCUGUAUUAGCCAUUACGAAGAAGUAAAAGUUAAAUGGUCCCUUCGGCGUAGAAAUUGUAUUGAUUAUCGGUUAUUUGAUAAACGCUCCAAAGCAGAACCUUAUUGUUGGAAAAGCAUGAAGGAUCAACCUUCAAGGCAUGCCCAGAAAAAUGACAACAGCCUUGAGUGCUCAAGCAGUCCUCAAAGUCGAAAGCAGAUAUUAGCUAGAUGGGAUCCUGGUGAAGCGUGCAGGCCCAUCAUAGAUGAAGCUCCUGUAUUUUCUCCAACUGAUGAGGAAUUCCAAGAUACUAUUGGUUACAUAGCAAAGAUACGCCCAAAAGCAGAACCGUAUGGGAUAUGUAGGAUUGUUCCUCCUCCUUCCUGGACUCCACCCUGCCCUCUUAAGGACAAAAGUAUUUGGGAACAUGCUAAAUUUUCUACUCGGGUUCAGCAAGUUGACUUGCUUCAAAAUAGAGAACCCAUGAUAAAGAAAAGCAGAGGCCGGAAGAGAAAACGAAGGAGGUAUUCAAGGACAGGAACUAACAAGAGACAUACCACUUCUGAAGUGUCUGAAGGAAGCAUUACUUUUGACACUGACAAGAAGUUUGGGUUCCAGUCUGGUUCAGACUUUACAUUUGAAGAUUUUCAGAAACUCGCCAAUCAUUUCAAAAAGUGUUAUUUUGGGAUGAAUAGGGAGGACUCACACGAUAAUGCGAUUGAAGACAAGCAUUGGGAACCCUCAGUUGGAGAUAUUGAAGGCGAGUAUUGGCGGAUCAUUGAGCAGCCAACAGAUGAGGUUGAGGUGUACUAUGGAGCUGAUUUGGAAACUGGAGCUUUCGGUAGUGGUUUCCCGAGGAAAUCAUCUUUGCUGACAGGAAAUAGUGAAUCAGAUCAAUACAUGGUUUCAGGUUGGAAUUUAAAUAAUUUUCCACGCCUGCCAGGUUCUGUACUAUCUUUUGAAGGAUGUGAUAUCUCAGGAGUUCUAGUGCCAUGGCUCUAUGUUGGGAUGUGCUUCUCAUCAUUUUGCUGGCAUGUCGAGGACCACCAUCUCUACUCACUGAACUAUCUACACUGGGGUGAUAAAAAAAUAUGGUAUGGAAUUCCUGGAAGGCAUGCUUCUGCAUUGGAGAAUGCAAUGAGAAAGCAUCUACCAGAUUUGUUUGAAGAACAACCAGAUUUACUUCAUGAAUUGGUCACUCAGCUAUCCCCUUCGGUUCUAAAGUCUGAGGGUGUACCAGUGUAUCGAGCUGUCCAGCACUCUGGGGAGUUUGUCCUUACCUUUCCAAGGGCAUACCAUUCUGGAUUUAAUUGUGGCUUCAAUUGUGCAGAGGCUGUGAAUGUGGCCCCAGUUGAUUGGUUAGAACAUGGGCAAAGUGCAGUAGAGCUCUAUAGUGAGCAACGCCGCAGGACAUCAAUCUCCCAUGACAAGUUGCUAUUAGCAUCAGCUAGAGAAGCCAUCCGCACCCUUUGGGAGCUAUCAUUUCUCAAAAAAGAAAAACUGGGAAAUUUGAGUUGGCAAAAUGUAUGCGGGAAGGAUGGGAUACUUACCCAGGCAGUUAAGACAAGGCUCCGGAUUGAGCAGGAAAGAAUAGAACAUCUUCCAACUAGCAUACGACUUCAAAAGAUGGAGAGAGACUUUGAUUUGAAAGAUGAGAGAGAAUGUUUCUCAUGCUUUUAUGACCUACACCUAUCUGCUGCUUGCUGCAAGUGCUCCAUAGACCGCUUUGCCUGUCUUAAACAUGCACAUCUUUUGUGUUCAUGUGAACCACACAAUAAGUUUGUACUGCUCCGCUACACUAUGGAUGAAUUAAACACAUUGGUUAGAGCAUUGGAAGGGGAAUUGGAUGCAGUAAAAGCAUGGGCAUCAGAGGACCUUGGAUUGGUUUCUGUAAAUGGCAAAGAUAGUACAUCUGGUAAGCUGAAUCAGGAGAGAGAGACAUCCGAAAUCAACUCUCCCAAACAAAAGGAAAGUCCAUCAUGUUCUCCCAGAACAGAAGAAAACCUUUAUAUUAGUGAACCUUGCAGUUCUUCGCAUUGUCGUGCUCUUUCAGAAGUAGUCCAGUCAGAAACCCAGAGAGGAGCUUUUAGUUUAGGUGCUUCUCACCUCGUGACAGAUGAGGACAAAGAAGAAAUUCAGGUCUUAACUGAUGAAGGUAAGGCAGGGCAGGAACGCUUUAUCGAUUUGAAUCUUGAUAGCAUGUCUGAUGAGCAUGUAAGUGGGUUGCAGCAAGUAUCAGACAGUUUUGAUAACAAGGUUAUGGUGGACACGGCUGAAACAAUGUCAAUGUGUAUUGAAGAAGAAAAUUGUAGUUCUGGUGCACAGAAAGAGCCAGAAAUAAUGCGACUUGGUAGUAAUGUGAAUUGUUGUCCAUCUGAUAUUAACAAGUUGUUUGAGACUGAUUUUUCGGUUUUGCAUCAACACUCAAGUGUUCCAUUGACCAACUUGUCGAAAACUGAGAAUGGCAACCCUUCAGAUGUAAAGGUAUCUCUUACUGGCCAAAGUAGUCCUAUUCAAAAGUUGAACUUCUGUGUUAAUCCUAUAAAUUAUGGAUCUGUAGUGUUCGGAAAGAUGUGGUGCAAUAAGCAGGCAAUAUACUCAAAAGGAUUCAGAAGCCGUGUUAAAUAUUUUAGCGUGCUCAAUCCAAGAGAAAUGAGUAGUUAUAUAUCAGAAAUACUGGAUGCUGGGCUCCUUGGGCCUUUAUUUAAGGUUACUUUGGAAGAGUGUCCAAGCGAGUCCUUCACAAAUUUCUCACCAGAGAAAUGCUGGGAAAUGGUGCUGCAAAGACUAAAUCAAGAAAUCAGUAGGCAGAGCAGCUUAGGAAAGCAAGGAAUGCCACCCUCGCAGCAUCCACAGAGCAUCAAUGGGCUUGAAAUGUUUGGGUUUCUCUCCACAACCAUCAUUCAUGCUAUUGAAGCUCUUGAUCCGAAUCAUCAAUGCGUGGAGUACUGGAAUCACAAGCUUACAUUCAAGGUGGAGGAGUAUUCGAAUAACGUCCCUGAAAUGCCAGCGACUUCCGCCAAUGAUGGCAAUGCCAAGAAGUGCCCUUUGGCAUCAAGUUGCUCUGUACGGGAAGUGGAGGCAACUUCUUUUGAUAAUUCAGUUUUAGGUACUGGAAAUCAUUCAGUUGAUGAAGAGUUACAGUCCUUACUACAAGGAUUUUUAAAGAAGGCAAAUCCAGAAGAACUAGAAAUAAUGCACAGCAUUAUGUGCAAUGAGUCAAGAAGCCCUGAAUGGAGAGUGGCACUCGAAACAUUGAAUGAAGUGAUCCGGAGAACGUGUAAAUAAGGAAGCCAAUAAGUUCCGGUAAUUCGUUUUUGCUCAAGGUAGCAUCUUAUUUCAGUAGCUUAUUUGUUAGAGGGUAUUCUUUUUAAAAAUUUAUAUAGGAAGGAGAGAUCACGGGCUUGAGUUACAUGCGCAAUAUUUGCGCUGUGCUCACUCAUGAUAUAAAUUUUGGUCUUUUUACAAUUCCAUAAAUCUAUCGCAGGGAAGGCUUCUUGUACACUAGAAAAAAAAUAAAUUUAUAAAUCUAACUAUUCUUGGAAUUCUUGCCUUUAUUAUAUUUUAUUAGAAUUCUGUCUCUCACUCUCGUAAUUGAUGUGUAUGGACUGACUAAAGAUUUUAAUAGUUGAAAAG